AAUUGCGCAGCAGCAGUCAAGGCCAGCACCAUGGCCACCAAGAGCGCCCUCAGACGGGCCCUGCUCUACGUCCCCGGCUCGUCCCAGCGCAUGCUCGACAAGUCCCGGAUGCUCUCCGUCGACUGCAUCGCCUACGACCUCGAGGACAGCGUCACCCCUUCGAAGAAAGCAGAAGCCCGUCGCCUGGUGCGCGCCGCUCUCGACCUGCCUUCGCCCGCCGGCGUCAAGGAGCGGGCCGUACGCAUCAACUCUGUCGGCAGCGGGCUGGCCCUCGCCGACCUGACCGAAGUGCUCAAAUCUCCCAACCUCUCGACGCUGGUAGUCCCCAAAGUCGACUCUGCUUCAGACCUCACCUUCAUAUCGGACGUGAUAUCCCAUACGCUCUCCUCGGCAGAGCAGAUAUCAAUACUGGCUCUGGUGGAAAGCGCAAAGUCAAUAACCAAUCUCUCGCAAAUAUGCACCGCCACGCCCCUCCUGUCCGGCCUGAUCUUCGCCGCCGAAGACUUCGCGCUUGAUCUGAGCAUAACCCGUACCCCGUCGCUGAGUGAAUUCCUCUAUGCAAGGAGCGCCAUAGUCACGGCUGCCAGAGCCCAUGAGCUACCCUCUGCAAUUGACCUGGUCUGCACAUCGUACAAGCAAGACGGUGGAGGUAUGUCGGUGCUAGAAGAGGAGUGUCGAUCCGGCAAGAGGCUGGGGUUCAAUGGGAAGCAGUGCAUCCAUCCGACGCAGGUUGAGAGGGUGCAGGCGAUUUUUGGACCGGAGGAGAAGGAAGUCGAGUGGGCUGUGAGGGUUGUUGUUGCGGACGAGAAGGCUGCGAGACAAGGGAGGGGAGCCUGGACGUUGGACGGGAAGAUGAUUGACGUCCCUGUUGCAGAGAAGGCGAGGGCGAUUGUGAGGAAGGCUGAGGCCUGUGGGAUUGAUGUCGAGGGUGUCAAGGGCCGGUGGAAGCAUCAGGAGCCCGAGUAGAUGUAUAUAGGGUUAUGUUAACGAUGUCUACGAUAUAAUGUUCUUUUUAUGGUAGAUACGGGUAAAGAAACUGCUUGAAGCAAUGUAGCUGGAUAUCGCAAUUAAAAUCAAUUCACUUGCAUGAUCUAAGGCUCUCUCUCUAAACUGGAUAUGCUGAGCUCGAUGAUUCAGAAGAUAGACUGGAGCAGAGAGGAAGAAGUUAUGUCGUCUUAUCAUAGAGACAGAAAAGAAAAGAAAAAAAAAGGAGGGCACAAAUAAGAUAUCAGAGAAAACUCCGCCUAAAUCCUGGGAAACUGGGCAGCAGAGUGUCGGAUAGAUGGACCAUCGAUUAAAAAGUGGUAGUAGUUGUAGUGUUGGAAUGUACACGAGUGGUCGGUCUGCGUGGUGGAAGGUGACAUCCCCUGUUUCUCUCUGUCUGUGCUGUGCAAUAUGGUCAUUCAUGUACGGGCGUGCUUGCGUCUUUCGUUAAAAACAUCUCGUUCGUUAAAAUGUAGGUAGCAUCGGCCUGGCUACUUGUUGAAAAGAAGAAAGGAAGAAAUAAAAUUGGUGCAGGUGGUCAUCAACAUGCAACUGAGCGGCUGCUUCUCAUGGUUGGUUGUCAGGCUGGUCGUCAUGGUCAUGCCUUGGUUGCAGCUCCGUCUCGCUUCAGUAGCUGAAUCUUGCCCAUCUUGAGGACGGGACCAGGCUCGGGAGAAGAUGAGGAUGCCUCUGCUGCAGUUACGCUUCCGUCCUCAUCGCCGGUGUCAUCUCUGGCAGUAGUUGCAUCGGUAGUAGUCGCGCUAGCUGCGACGGCGGCAGCAGCAGCAGCAGCAACGGCUUUGCUGAUCUCUCCAGUGGGUUGGUCGGUGCUCUGACUCUGGUUCUGAGUCUGAGACUGGAAUUUCGAAGCGGCAGAGGAAGUGGGAGAAGGGGAAUCUCGACCACUGGAGGCGGUAGCCGUAGGGUUGAUUCCGAUCACAAAGGCAACGAAACCACCACGUUCGCCGGGCACGCUGAAGUCGCGGAACACA